AGAAGCCAACAUGGACAUGUCUUGGAGGACUGGCUGAGUCGAAGAUCUCGCCAAUGGCCUGCACGGGCAUGUCGAGGACAACUCCGAUCAGCAAAUGGCCACUGUCGCUUUCACCACACUGUCGGCGCUACGUAGAUACCAGCGACACGUACAUCGAAUAUGCCGGCUCGCGGUCGAAGUCGACUUGUGAAUGCGCCUCUUCAAGAUGCUCCACUAGUACGUGGCUCCACGUCAACUCGCGUUUGGCGUGUCUAUAGUGCGUGCGCCUCGACACAAUUUGCUACGCCUGCGGCUAUGGCGCCGUCAAAAUGCAAAUACAAGCGUUCUGCGGCUGCGAGGUCGUCCGCCAACGGUGAGCGCAUCGUACUGGCGCCUGGCGGCGCAUCGGCGAGACAUGUGUGUGUGGUCUACGCUCUCAGCCAUCGACCGUUGUCCCUUUUACGACCGCGGCGCCCUGUACAAGGAAGCGUUGUGUGUGCCCAGGAAGCUCGUCGUUGCGUCUGUGUUCCUCUCCUCUCAAUUCUCAACUCAGAACAACCGCGUCCAGCGCGACCACCAGCAGGAGCUUUCAGUCGCCACCUCCGGCUUCAAGACGACGGCCACCCAGAGCGCGCCGCCGCCCUCGACGUCGUGGCGAUGUUGCACGACCAACCCACCUACCAAGAGCUCGUCGCCAAGUAUCUGCAUCUGCUGUCCGUCGCAGCGCGUGACUUAGUCCCUUAACAUGUCG